AUGCUGCAGCGCAGUGCCAUUGCUAUUGCCACAUCCUCACAAACUUUGGAGUUGAUUCUAAACCAUAUUCUCUCGGAAGGGGUCAAUUGUCUUACAAUCAAGCCCAUGGGGAACAUGCAACACCUAUUAAUCUUUGAUACUUAUGAAGACAAGAAGCAUAUGAUGGAAAGCUCAUGGUUGCAACAAUGGUUCAUGAUAGUAACAAAUGUCAAUGAUCAAAGCGCGACAUUAUGGAGAGAAACAUGGAUCAAGGUGUAUGGCGUACCAUUGAUUGCAUGGGGGUAUGAGAACUUCUUUAAUAUUGGAUGUGUGCUAGGGCGUGUUAUUUCGGAUGAUUACAAUAAUUACGAUAGUGCAAGCGUGCUCAUAUAUAUAGAUUGUCUAUUUGAUAUCAAUUGCAAAAUGUCCAUGGAAAUAGAGGGGAAGGACUAUGCAAUUCAUGUCUCUGAAAUGAAGCAAAAUUGGCACCAAGUCUCCAAGUCAGAUAAUGAUAUCAAGGAAGCGAUGGAAAUUAGAGGUAAUGCAGCCAGUCCUGUCCACAAUCAAAUAGUAAAGGAAUCAUGGUCGAAAUCUUCAUCUAGGCCCAUGGUAGAAAAAUUAAGAGCAGUCAAAACCAGUCUUAAGCAAUGGAAUCAAAAGGAGUUUGGCAAUCUGGACUCCAACAUUGCAAACCUGGAAUCCACCAUUCAAAGCAUUGACAAUAUUGCAAACCAGAGAAAUCUUGAUAGUGAAGAACUGGAAAAAAGGAAAGCUGCGCAGGAGGACCUUUGGCUAUGGAUGAAGUGCCGUGAAUUGUAUUGGGCUCAAUGUUCCAGAAUUUCUUGGCUUAAAGAGGGAGACAAAAACACGAAUUUUUUCCAUGCCGUGGCCUCAAACAGAAGGCGAAAAAAUGAGAUUCCCUUCAUUGAGAUAAAUGGAUGUAGAGUUGAGGAUCCGAAUCAAAUAAAGCAAGCUGCAAGAAAUUUCUUCUCAAAGAUCUUCAAGGAAGAAAAUGCAAACAGACCGAUUUUUGAUAAACUCGAGUUUAAAUGCUUAUCAAGUGAACAAGCCACGACUCUAACCUUACCUUUCUCAGACGAGGAAAUUGACAGUGCGGUCUCUUCUUGUGACUCAAACAAAGCUCCGGGACCGGACGGGUUCAACUUUCAAUUUGUCAAAGCAGCAGGGCAUAUCAUCAAACAUGAAGUCUAUGGAAUAGUACGAGAAUUUCAAGCUACAGCUCAUCUUCCUAGUGGCUCUAACACGGCCUACAUUACCUUAAUUCCAAAAAUUGAAAACUCAAAGGAAUUCAAGGACUUUCGCCCAAUUAGCAUGAUAGGGUGCAUCUACAAAAUCAUUGCCAAGCUAAUGGCUAGAAGGUUGCAAAGAGUUAUGAGCUCUCUUAUAGGUCCUCUUCAAUCAUCUUACAUUGAAGGUAGGCAAAUUCUAGACGGAGCUUUGAUUGCAAGUGAGCUAAUCGACACAUGUAAGAAGAAAAACAUUGAAGCCACUCUUCUAAAGCUUGAUUUUCACAAGGCCUACGAUAGUGUAUCAUGGCGCUUCCUUGAAUGGAUAAUGGCUUGUAUCUCAUCUGCUUCGGCCUCGGUGUUAAUUAACGGUUCUCCUUGUGCACCCUUUAGACUUCAAAGGGGAUUAAGACAAGGUGAUCCACUCUCACCUUUCUUAUUUGUCUUGGUAGCGGAAGCCCUAAACCAACUCAUAGCAAGAGCAACAACCUUGAACAUGUGGAACGGCAUACGUCUUCCUCAAAGUGAGAUGGUAAUCUCGCAUUUGCAAUAUGCUGACGACACAUUGAUAUUUUGUGAGGCAAAACUUGGAUCGCUCAUGAGCAUAAAAAAAAUGCUCAUCAUAUUCCAACUAGCCUCGGGGCUCCAAGUGAACUUUCACAAAAGUUCACUUAUUGGGAUUAAUACAUCAAAGUUGUGGAUUGAACAAGCAGCAGCUGCGCUUCAUUGCAAAAUUGGGGAUAUUCCUUUCACCUACUUAGGGUUACCCAUUGGUGGUAACGCAUCUAGAAUCCAGCUUUGGGAGCCUAUAAUCUCAAAAAUCUCACAACGACUUGCUUCAUGGAAAGGAAGGAUGUUAUCAAUUGGUGGUAGAAUCACUUUGAUCAAGUCAUCACUCACAAGUCUUCCAUUGUAUUACAUGUCAAUAUAUCCUAUUCCCAAAGGAGUUGUCAACAAAAUCAACAUGCUCUCAAUAUCGUUUCUUUGGAAUACCAAUCCGGAAAAAAAAUCUCUCUCUCUUGUAUCAUGGUCACAGGUGCAACUACCAAAAAUCCUCGGCGGCCUUGGUAUUGGCAAUUUAACUCACAAGAAUCUUAGUCUCUUAUUCAAAUGGGUGUGGCGCUUCUUUGAAAGUCCACAACAAUUGUGGUGCCAAGUAAUUCGUGCCAAGCACAAGUACCCACCAAACUUGUGCAUUACUGAUUUAUCAAUUCCCACAACAGGUGGGAUUUGGAAGCAAAUAUGCUCCUCCAUCUUUCAGCAUCCACACGCAAGGGACUUGGCUCUCAGGGGGAUUAGAAGAAAUGUUGGUGAUGGAACGAAAUGUCUCUUUUGGCAUGACUCUUGGGUGGAAGCUACGGCACUAAAAAAUUUGUUUCCAAGGCUUUAUAAACUCUCUGUAAUGCCGUAUGCAUCUGUGGACUCUCUUGGAUUUUGGGAGGGUUUCAACUGGGUGUGGACAUUCUCUUGGAAGCGAGCAUUGAGACCGCAAGACGCUGCCGAAAAAUCUCAGCUCGACAAAAAAUUAAAAGAUGUAUGCCUUGCCUGCGAUGGCAGGGAUAAACUUGUGUGGACAUUCAGUGGCUCAGGGCAACUUUCCACAAAAUCUUUCUCUCUGGAGCUUGACAAAGUAAACCCCAUCCCUCAUCGAGAUGCAAUAAAAGGUGUAUGGCGUGGAUUAGUGCCGCAUAGGAUUGAAGUUUUUGUAUGUGCUGCGCUUCUUGAAAAAAUAAACACGCGCCAAAAGUUAGCCAAGAUAGGCAUAAUUUCAAGUGAAAAUGACAUAUGUGUGUUGUGCUCUCUUCACUCAGAAUCAUCCAAUCACCUUCUCCUCCAUUGUCAGUUUGCGCAGAUUAUAUGGUAUUGGUGGAUCAAUCUAUGGGGAAUGAGUUGGGUUUUUCCUAGCAAUUUAAGAAGUGCCUUUGAUCAGUGGCAGUCUCCAAAGACAACCCCAUUCUUCAAAAAAGUAUGGCACACGUGCUUCUUUAUAAUUGUAUGGACGAUUUGGAAGGAGCGAAACUCGCGUAUUUUUGAAGAACGCUCCUGUUCCGCAAAGCAGCUCCAAGACAUGGUCUUAUUGAGACUUGGAUGGUGGAUUAAAGGAUGGAGUGAUGACUUUCCUUAUUCACCUUGUGACAUUCAAAGAAAUCCGAAAUGUUUAGUAUGGAAUGGUUUUCAACCGGUCUCAAAGCUUCUUCAACCAAUCCCAGAUCCUUGCUCAUGGAGUCCCCCGGAUUCGAAUCAAAUAAAAUGGAAUGUAGACGCGUCGGUGAAUCCUAUCACAUCAAACUCGGCCAUUGGAGGUAUUCUUCGCAAUGAAAAUGGAAGUUUUAUGUGCAUGUUCUCUGCCCCCAUUCCAUUUAUGGAAAUAAAUCACGCGGAAGUCUUAGCCAUACAUCAUGCUAUAAAAAUCAAGCUGGCAUGUGAAAGUGAAAGUGUCAGAAAGUGUAAUAUUAUACUGGAAUCAGACUCAUCAAAUGCUGUUUCGUGGAGCAACAGCGUGAACGAAGGGCCCUGGAACUUGAAUUUCAUUAGGAAUGCUUGCAAGAGGGACCUGCGCAUCAGAAUUGUACACAAGGGAAGAAGCGCCAACUUUGUGGCGGAUGCCCUUGCAAAGCAGGGCCUUGAAAGGAAGGAAGAAUUCAUUGCUUGGCUAUAA